AUGCACGAGCUAGUGUCACUUGCGGCGGCCCGGUGGAAUACGAAAGAUGACCUCAAGGCGAUGCAAGGGAAGCAGGAAAGUCAGUACUGGAAGAUGCUCCGCGCGCACAUGAAGGAGAAGGACCCGACGUGGGACUGGGAGAGCGGGCAAAUGUCCAUGGCGUGGAAGCGGAUUGAGAAGGAAUACCUGGACACUCAAUGGAAGGAGGGGACUAGUGGAGGAAAGGCCAUAAAAAAGAAGCCAUGGUGGGACUACGUCUACCACCUGAGAAAGCACUUCGCGAAGGCGAAGGCGCACGCGCUUGAUGGUGGCGGGGCAGCGACCAUCAAUGUCGACGCCUAUGCCUCCGUGCCAGCGCAAAACGAUCCGCAAACAUCGGGGGCUCCGUCUCCAGCACGAGCGCGCGGAGCCCAGCUUCAACCAUCUACCCCUGGUGCAUAUACGGGUGUCACACCACCUGCCAAACGCCGCCGGAUAGAGGAGACCGCGACAAUGGCGGCCGCUAAGCUAGUGAGCAAGGCCAUCAACUCCACCAAUGCCUCCACGCUACGGCAGCUGCAGGAUUCCACUCAACUGCUCGUCGCGGCGAUGCACAUGGCGGCGCUUUAG